UGGCGCUGCAGUCCACUGUAAUGAGUCUGGAAGACGACGACAUACGUAGUUGGUAUCAGAGUGCGCGGGGCAGUGCGUAAGCCUCACGACUCCGGUCACCGGGGUAGCUCAAGACGAAGGCGCUUUUUUCUUCCAAAGAAGUUGGUAUAUGCCUGCUCUGUCGGUGCUGUCGAAGGAAGCUUAAUGCCCUGGGCUCCAUUGGCCUCAAAGCCAGCAAGCAGCAGGCUCGCAGUGACCAUGUCCAGUGUAGCCUUCAUGAUGCCUAUUCGGGACAGCGGUCAGACCGGAAAGCAGGAUCAGGGCAUAUUUGUCGAUCAAAUGACGAGGGAUGAGGGUGCGAAUGCCAGCGGGCAACUAGUCGAUUGUACCUAUGUAUGUGUUCCUUCGGCCAGCUACGGUAAGCUAGCGAUCCCAUCUAUCUCAAGCGAUGCUGCAGAAGGACGGCAUAUAUAUGCGUGCAGCCAACAUGCCUCAUCCGGAUGUCGGGAAAACGGGUCUAUCCGCUGGGUUGUCUUGAGGAUGACCCUUGAGUUUUAAAGGAGUGCAAGUACUGCGCAGACCUGAGUCGAAGCUUUAUCGAUUCCCUCCGCGGUCUUCAUCAGCGUAUGCAUCUGGUCCCAUA